GUUCAGAAACCCAAAACCAAAACCAAAAGAAAAGAAAUCAUAAUUUCCUCUCUCAGAAAACUCGCUCGAUUUACGAAUCCGACAAGCUCUCUCCUUUAUUUCUACUCCUUGCCCUGUCCCGUCAUUAAAAUCGAACCGGAAAAAGAAAACCCUAAUUUUAUAUCAGAGAGAAGAUGAAACGAGGUCGAAAACCUAAAAAUCCAGUACCAGAAUCAAUGCCAGAUUCACCAAUGGUUGUGGAUGAUGUAUUCUCAGUUAACGAUGUUGAAGUUGCUGAUGAUACCGAAGAAGCAGAUGAACCUGUUGUUGCAGAAGAGCAACCAGAUUCUGUUGUUCGUAGAGGAAGAGGAAGACCACCUAAGAAGAAAUCCCGCAAUGAUGUAGAAAAUUCUGAUACUGCUGUUUUAAGAAGAAAUUCUAGGGCUAAUGGUGUUUGUUCACCUAAUUUUAAUAAUAAUGUAUCAUCCUCAGCUGUCCCUGUUGGUAAAGUUAAUAAUAAUGUAUCAUCCUCAGUUGUUCCUCUUGGUAUAAUCAGUGAAUCCGCACCACCAAAUGUUACAAAAGUUGUUCCAUCAAUGGAUGCAGUUGUUAAGGUAUUUUGUGUACAUACAGAACCUAAUUUUUCAUUACCAUGGCAGAGGAAGAGACAGUACAGUUCAAGCAGUAGUGGGUUUAUCAUUGCUGGGCGCAGGGUUUUGACGAAUGCCCAUUCUGUUGAACAUCAUACUCAAGUGAAGCUUAAGAAACGUGGAUCAGAUACUAAAUAUUUAGCUACUGUGCUUGCAAUUGGGACCGAAUGUGAUAUAGCAAUGCUGACAGUUGAGGAUGAUGAGUUCUGGCAAGAUGUAUCACCGGUUGAGUUUGGGUCUUUGCCUGCUCUUCAAGAUGCUGUCACGGUUGUUGGAUAUCCCAUUGGGGGAGAUACAAUAUCAGUGACAAGUGGUGUUGUGUCACGCAUUGAGAUUUUGUCGUAUGUACACGGGUCAACUGAGCUGUUGGGACUCCAGAUAGACGCAGCCAUCAAUUCAGGAAAUUCUGGGGGUCCGGCUUUUAAUGAUAAGGGCAAUUGUGUGGGUAUUGCAUUUCAGUCACUUAAACACGAGGAUGUGGAGAAUAUUGGCUAUGUCAUACCAACACCUGUGAUUACACACUUCAUUCAAGAUUAUGAGAAAAACGGAGAAUAUACUGGAUUUCCAAGUCUUGGAGUGGAGUGGCAGAAGAUGGAAAAUCCUGACCUGCGCAUGGCUAUGGGGAUGAAUUCCAAUCAGAAAGGUGUUCGUAUAAGAAGAAUUGAGCCAACUGCUCCUGAAUACAAGGUCCUGAAGCCAUCUGAUAUUAUCCUCAGUUUCGAUAGAGUUGAUAUUGCUAAUGAUGGGACAAUUCCUUUCAGGCAUGGGGAGCGUAUUGGUUUUAGUUACCUUGUUUCCCAGAAAUAUACCGGUGAAAAUGCAUCAGUUAAAGUUCUACGGAACUCAAAGACCCUUGUAUUCAACGUACAACUUGCACCUCACAAACGGCUCAUUCAGGCACACAUCAAGGGAAAGCCACCUUCAUAUUUCAUUAUUGCUGGAUUUGUCUUUACAGCUGUAUCGGUUCCUUAUCUUCGUUCUGAGUACGGGAAGGAUUACGAGUAUGAUGCACCAGUCAAGUUGUUGGAAAAACAUUUGCAUGCAAUGGCACAAACAGAAGAUGAACAGCUGGUGGUCAUCUCUCAGGUGCUUGUGGCUGAUAUCAAUAUUGGGUACGAGGAGAUAGUCAAUACCCAGGUUCUUGCUUUCAAUGGUAAACCUGUAAAAAAUCUGAAGGAGUUGGCACAAAUGGUGGAGAAAUGCAAUAGUGAAUUUUUGAAAUUUGAACUAGAGUACCAACAGAUAGUGGUCCUACAGACUAAAACCGCUAAAGCGGCAACACUAGAUAUUCUUACUACACACUGCAUACCGUCACCAGUGUCUGAUGAUCUGAAGACAUGAAUCAGAACUGUGACACGGUAGGAUAUGUGAUGUUAUUACGCUGACUGGACUCAGCAGCUCUUUUUUUGUUUCUUGUGUACCUAGUGUAGUAAUUUUACGGGGUAGAAGAUGUCAUCUCAAUCUUGCAACCAGCUACUAUAUGCCUUUGGUUUCUGCUACUUUCUGGGGGUCAUGAAUUCCAUGCUUAACAAACUAUAUUGUUAUAGGUCAACUACCCUUGAUCUAAAUGUAAGAAAAAUCUGUUGUAGAAUUCUCGUUUAGCUUUUCUUGUUGAAUAAGCUUAGAGAAGAAUCAAACAUGAUGGAGAGGUUAAAAACAUUUUAGCUGCA